CCACUCACGAGCUCGCGGCCGCGUCUACCUGGUGCGCCGUACACGUUCGCGUCCCCCCUCAAAACCGGACCCCACCUCCUCGUGUACACUUGUCCCCUCCCCCCUUCUCUCGCACGCUUGGUGCAUUCGGGGGGUCGGCCGUUGGAGCAGUUCGCCAGGCCGCCGCGAUGGCGACGGCGUGCCCGGCGGGACGCGCCGGUGGGGCAGCCGAGGCCCGCGGCGCUGCGGGGGACGCCGCCGGGAGGGGCGGCAGCAGGCGGAGGAGCGUGUACCUGACGGAGUGCGUGCCGGUGUGGGGCUGCGCCACGACCCGCGGCCGCCGCGCGGGGAUGGAGGACGCGUGCGCCGCUGUGCCCCGCUUCGCCGACGUGCCGGUGCGGAUGCUCGCGGGUGCGCGGGAGCUGGACGCGCUCGGGAUCGGCGUCGACGCCGCCGCCGCCCUGCAGCUGCCCAUGCACCUCUUCGGCGUGUACGACGGGCACGGCGGAUCCGAGAUGGCCAACUACUGCGGGGACAGGAUCCACGUCGUGCUGAGGGAGGUGCUGAGCAGAGCCGCGACAGGGUUGGAGGAAUUGGGGGAGCUGGACAUCACGGAGCACUGGGACAAGGUUUUUGGUGAUUGUUUCCAGAAGGUAGACGACGAGGUGUCGGGGGAAGCGAGCAGGUUCUGCGGUGGCGUCAGCGAGGUCCGGCGCAAGCCUGUUGCGGCUGCCAACGUCGGCUCCACUGCUGUUGUGGCGGUCGUCUGCUCUUCUCAUGUCAUAAUUGCGAACUGCGGGGAUUCACGCGUGGUGCUCUGCCGCGGGAAGGAGCCCAUGGUUCUGUCCAUGGAUCACAAAGAAAGAUGAGUGCGCGAGGAUUGAGGCCGCAGGAGGGAAGGUCAUCAACUGGAAUGGUCAUCGAGUCUCUGGUAUACUUGCUAUGUCACGGUCAAUCGGUAAGUCAGUUGCGUCCUGUAUGCCCAAUGGCUCUGGAAGUUUUGACAAUGGCUAAUACUGGUUAUCAGUUGUAUUUGUUGACACAUCUGGCUCCACUGAAACACUUCCAUUAUCAUAACUUUGGCUGUUUCUCUUCAGUUCAACCAUGGAAAUUAAGUUGUUCUCUUCAGUUCAACCAAUUUCUCUGUGAACGGGAUAACAUUUGUCUACCAUCCAUUACUAACAUCAACUGGAUAUUUCCAUCGCCAUGCAGGGCACCGAUAUGUAAAACCAUUUCUCAUUCCAAAGCCAGAAGAGUUAUUGGAACCUCUGCUGCUAGUCUACAGCCGUUGCAAGGCAACUUUUCUUCUGUAGUUUUAAAUAAUUGUAUCUGUAUAUCCUUAUAGGUGUAAUUCCAAUGAAUGGGGUGGUCGGUUGUCUAUCCCUCUGUAAUUUCGGGCGGUUCAGUAUUGUGAUUUGCAUCAGUUUCAGAACAGCCUUGUGAAUGUAGUGGUCUUUUGUACAGUAGUAGAGCCUUGUACAGCAGUGAGCAGUGGGAUUGUCACUGAAACUUGCUUGUGUACCACAGUACCACUAGAUUUGCUUCCUA